AUGCGCGGCAGCAUGCGUUCCUCUGGGAAGAAGAGGAGCCCCCGUGCUCCUCCUCCUCUUGCUCCGGUGCUCCUGCUGGUCUGCGGCCUCGCGCUGCUGCAGCGCCCGGCCUCUGCCGAGAUAAAGUCGUAUGUUGUGUACCUCGGAUGCCACUCGCAUGGCAGGGAGGGCGCGGCGCUCGCCUCCAACCAGGAACGCGCCAAGAGCUCCCACUACCAGUUCUUGGGCUCCGUCCUCGGAAGCGAGGAGAAGGCGCAGGACGCCAUCUUCUACUCCUACACCAGGUACAUCAAUGGCUUCGCCGCCACGCUGGAGGAGGAAGACGCAAUGCAGAUCUCAAAGCACCCGAGCGUCGUCUCUGUUUUCCCCAACAGAGGGCAUAAGCUGCACACCACCCGCUCAUGGGAGUUCCUCGGGAUGGAGAAGGACGGCCGGGUGAGGCCCGACUCCAUCUGGGCAAAGGCAAGGUACGGCGACGGCGUCAUCAUCGGCAACCUAGACACCGGGGUGUGGCCGGAGGCCGGCAGCUUCAGCGACGACGGCAUGGGCCCGGUGCCGGCGCGGUGGCGGGGCGUCUGCCACGACCAGUCCUCCUCCGACGACGCCCAGGUCCGCUGCAACAGGAAGCUGAUCGGCGCGCGGUACUUCAACAAGGGGUACGCGGCGACGGUGGGGCGAGCGGGCGCGGCCGCGAGCCCGAGCCCGGCCAGCACGCGGGACAGCGACGGGCACGGCACGCACACGCUGUCCACCGCCGCGGGCCGCUUCGUGCCGGGCGCCAACCUGUUCGGCUACGGCAACGGCACGGCCAAGGGCGGCGCCCCCGGCGCGCGCGUCGCGGCGUACAAGGUGUGCUGGCGCCCCGUGAACGGCAGCGAGUGCUUCGACGCCGACAUCAUCGCCGCCUUCGACGCCGCCAUCCACGACGGCGUGGACGUCCUCUCCGUCUCCCUCGGCGGCGCGCCCACGGAGUACUUCAGGGACGGCGUCGCCAUCGGGUCGUUCCACGCCGUCAGGAACGGCGUCACCGUGGUCUCCUCGGCGGGGAACUCCGGGCCCGGGGCCGGCACGGUGUCGAACACCGCGCCGUGGCUCGUCACCGUCGGGGCCAGCACCAUGGACCGCGAGUUCCCGGCGUACCUGGUCCUCGGCAACAAGAAGCAGAUGAAAGGACAGAGCCUGUCGCCGGUGCCCCUGCCUGCCAACAAGCAUUACCGGCUGAUCAGCUCAGUAGAAGCCAAGGCAGAAGAUGCAACAGUGGCCCAAGCGCAAGUGUGCAUCGAGGGGUCGCUGGACAAGAAGAAAGUGAGGGGGAAGAUCGUGGUGUGCAUGCGAGGGAAGAACGCGCGAGUGGAGAAAGGCGAGGCGGUGCAUCGUGCCGGCGGGGUCGGGCUGGUGCUGGCGAACGACGAGGCCACCGGGAACGAGAUGAUCGCCGACGCACACGUGCUCCCGGCCACCCACAUCACCUACUCUGACGGAGUCGCGCUGCUCGCCUACUUGAAUUCAACCAGGUCUGCGUCGGGCUACAUCACCCUGCCAAACACCGCGCUGGAGACGAAGCCGGCGCCGUUCAUGGCCGCCUUCUCCUCUCAGGGCCCAAACACGGUCACUCCCCAGAUCCUCAAGCCCGACAUCACCGCGCCGGGGGUGAGCAUCCUGGCGGCGUUCACCGGCCUGGCCGGCCCGACCGGCCUCACCUUCGACAGCCGCCGCGUCCUCUUCAACUCCGAGUCCGGCACCUCCAUGUCCUGCCCGCACGUCGCCGGCAUCGCCGGCCUCCUCAAGGCCCUCCACCCCGACUGGAGCCCCGCCGCCAUCAAGUCCGCCAUCAUGACCACCGCCAGGGUGCAGGACAACACGCGGAGGCCGAUGAGCAACUCGUCGUUCCUGCGCGCCACGCCCUUCGCCUACGGCGCCGGCCACGUGCAGCCCAACCGCGCCGCCGACCCGGGCCUCGUCUACGACACCAACGCCACGGACUACCUCCACUUCCUCUGCGCGCUGGGCUACAACUCCACCGUGAUCGGCACGUUCAUGGGCGGCCCGCGCGCCUGCCCGGCGACGCCGCGGAGGCCGGAGGACCUCAACUACCCGUCCGUCACGGUGCCCCACCUGCCCGCCUCCGGCGAGCCGCGCACCGUCACGAGGCGGGUGCGGAACGUGGGCGCGGCGCCGGCGGCUUACGACGUGCGGGUCCGCGCGCCGCGCGGCGUGUCCGUGACCGUGCGCCCGAGCCGGCUGGAGUUCGCCGCGGCCGGGGAGGAGAAGGAGUUCGCCGUGACGUUCAGGGCCAGGGCGGGGCGUUUCGCGCCCGGCGAGUACGUGUUCGGGCAGAUGGUGUGGUCGGACGGCGCCGGGCGGCGCCGCCACCGCGUCCGGAGCCCCGUCGUCGUCAGGGUCGCCGGCCGGAGGACGGGCAAAACCGGUGUCCCCGUCGCCUGA